CACGUAGUAAACAGUACUAAGAACAAAACUCAAGAAAACACUUUUGGUUACUUGUUAACAAUGUUUGAAAUGAUUGUAAACUUCCUUCUUCUCUGUAGUUCCACAAACAUUAUUGUACCAGGUGACGAUUCAGCUAUCGAUGUCCAGCAACAGGACACUGAAAUCCGAUCACAAACAAAAUGCCGUCCUGGUUUGCACACCUCAGUACCAGCUGGAUUCUACCUCCAGGAUCACUGGACGUCUUUGGUGUGUGACUCAAAAUCCUUUCCCUCAGCUAAACUGAUAUCUGGAUGCCUGAAGGACAAACAGAUCCUUAUGAUGGGUUACUCCACUCUCCGUCAGUGGUUCGACUACCUGGAGGAAACUGUGCCAAGUAUGAUAUACAUUGAAACGCCUGAACCUUCACACAUCAAGCAAAUCGGCCCCUUUGAGGCAGUCGACACCCAGUCCAACACCCGUAUCAUCUGGCGGGCCCAUGGGAUACCUAUAUGGACAAGCAAGACCCCCUGGGCUGACCUCCACUACAUCGCCAGGGAGGUGGAGGGUUUGGCAGGGGGUGCACACUCUGUAGUCGUCUUCACCAUCUGGGCUCAUUUCACCACGUACCCACUGGCUAUGUACGCACACCGUCUGGUCGUCAUCCGUAAGGCUGUGGCGUCGCUCCUAAGCCGAUCUCCCACUACUCUGGUAGUGAUCAAGUCAGCCAACACGGGCUACAAGGAUGUGUACGGCAGCGACUGGCUCUCCUGGCAGCUCGACAUGGCACUCAGGGAAAUAUUCAAGGACUUGCCUCUGGUCCUCAUUGACGUUUGGCAGAUGACUUCCUGCCACUAUUCUCCGGACAACAUUCACCCGCCCUCUGUGGUGAUCCAUACCCUGUGAUGUCAUGGAUACCUUUAUUCUUAUAUUUUUAUCCACAAAUUAUAGAAAAGCAAGUGACACAAUCUAUUGCUAGACUGUUGUUUACUCAGUACUUUGUUGAAGCACAUUUGGCAGAGAUUACAGCCUCGUGUCUUGUUGGGUAUGAUGCUACAAGCUUGGCACACCUGUAUUUGGGGGGUUUCUCCCAUUCUUCUCUGCAGAUCCUCUCAAGCUCUUGUCAGGUUGAAUGGGGACCAGUUCUUUUCUCUAAUAAGAGUCCCUCAAUUUAAACGUUGAACAGGAUGGACAAACCUUACAGGUUUGGCUUAUAUAUUUUGAAAUAACUUUUAUUAAAAACAAGAACAGUUUCAUAACUUUUUUAAAUAAAUAACAUUGUUUUA